CAAAAUUAAAAUCUCUUUUUAUGUACCACUUUUGUUUUUAUCGUCGACGACUGCACUUGUCAUGUUGAUAGACGAUCCCUUGAAUUUAGAUUUUUCGUGUUUACCGUAGCUUAGUAAUACCCCUUAUCUACGCCUUUCUUCCACUAUAACAUUAUGGACUCAGCUCGUACGCGAGGCGAUGGAAUGGAAACUGAAGGUCUAGCUGCAUCCGGUGCAGUGCAGUCUCAGAAAAAAACAUCGAGUACUAGUUUGAUCGGUGUCAACGAACUCAAGCUGCCAAUCGAUUUCGACCUGCAACGUUUGCUACCUCACUCCGGGUCCGAUUUGAUAUAUCGCCCAACUGAACUUGUUACGACCGCAAGUGCCUCGCUGACACCAACAAUCCCAAGAGGGACUAUUUUUGCACUAGUUCCAAAAUUGGUGCCGACCCACAGAACGGGCACUAGCUUGAAGGGUAAGGAACCUCGUUUCGUUCCGUUUGAACCAUAUAAAGGGGCUGUUAAUCCGAUCAUACCGUACAAAAAUAACGAAAAUCGAAUUAAAAUCACUGACCGGAAUAAUCUAGACUUGAACGUGCUGGUUUCGCAAAUGUCGACAAUUACAAGCAAAGAGCUGAAAGGGGAAGCAAUGGCUAAUGGAAAAUCGGACUGUGACAAGCAGAAAUACGAGAAGCAGAUUGAAGAACUAAAGAAGGAACGUGAUUACUAUCAGAGCCAGUUGAAGUUUCAGGCACAGGUAAACUCUGAGCUCAAGAAUUUGCUGGUGGCUGCAGUCGGGGAAGAUCUUCAGACGAAGGUCAAUGUUUUGACCGAAGAUAAAUUGCACUUGGCAAGAAAAUUGCUCAAUUCUGCAGAGAAUCUGUCGUCUCAUACAGAACAAAUUGAGUUUCUGGCUAGCCAGAGUGAAGUCUGGCGGAGCAAGUUCCUUGCAAGUAGCUUAAUGGUAGAAGAAUUAGCUCGCUGGAAGACAAGUCUGCUUCAGAAGAAUGCUCUUCUGCUCGCUUCCAACAAGGAACUGUUGGAAGCAACUUCCAAGCUACGCGAAAUGCAGAUUGAUGUGCUAAAAAAUUUGAAAUUUCUCUCAAACCGAAAAGACAUUACCCUCAAAUCGUCCAGUGCAUUGGAUCUGACGGCUGAAUGCAUCAAUAUCUCUCAACAGUUAGUUCUUGGUCACGCCGCACUCGGAAUGCCAGAACCGUUAGACCUCUCUCAACUAGAUCCAAUGUGCUCAGCGGAAAAGCUGGCCGUUCAGGCACUGCAACAUUCAAACGAGCCUCUGAUGAGUACCGAUGAGGCUUUUCGGGCAAUUGUAGGACAAGCAUUUCCAUCGAUUAAUUCGAUGAAACAACACAUGGAACGGUCGGUUAGUGAUUUUGAGCUAGUGGAGACGACUCCGAAUAUCAGGGAGGACAACUAGGCUUGAGAGCAAUAAGCCAUCAGGUCUUGUAUAAAAAAUGAAGUUUCUGUAGCUAGAUCUUUGGCAAUGUGAAAUUAGAACGCUUUUUAUACGAUCAAAUUGCUGCUAUCUUAGCAAGUUUUGCUUGUUCGAUAAAUAUGUAAGCAAUAUCAUAUUAGACAAAUAUAAGUUUUAAAUCUACCGACCAAAUCUGUUUCUAUGGAAAACAAACUUCAACAUAAGAAUCUACCUUCUACUAUUUUAUUACAGCUUUAACCGCUAGAGUUAUGCAUAUAGCGGCAGCUGUCACGUCGGUAGUUUAUACGGCUAUUCCAAUCGGUUGUUCACGAUGAUGAGGUCGUCAACACAUUUUUGAAUUACAGUGAAGACCCAUUUUUAUCAGCCCCUUGGCGAAUUUUAGGCUUGUAAAACAGGGACAUUGAUAAAAUCGGGACAUAUAUUUUUCUGUCUUUUUAGUAAAACGAAGCUCUUAAAAUAUUCUUCUUUGGUCCUUAGAUAUAGCCUCGCAACCCUUUCUAAUUAUUUGCUUUAAGUUCCCCUUAAGGGGAUCUUACAGCGCAAAAUUUAAAAAAAAAAUAUUUUUAUUUUUGCAUUUUUCGGAUCUCUAAGAUAUGAAAUAUAUGCCCAAGAAAGGAUUUACUCGGAUUCAACUUUGUUUGUCUGCUAGAGUCCAUCAAACUACCAACUAUCAAUUUUCAUAUGAAGCUGAUAAAAUCGGAUCAAAAAGCUGAUAAAAUCGGGGGUAGAUAAAACCGGGUCUCCACUGUAUUCAAGCUCAAUUAACGAUUGAAUUGAAGACUUGACAUGCAUCCUCCCACUGAGUUCCUGCAUUUCCUAAGAACCGAUUGGACCUUUAUUUUGAAAUAUUUCCGAAACUCAGGAGUUUCAGAUUAGUAAUCAACGAAACUUUGAUAAGCCAUCGAUGAUCUAGAUCUGUACAUCUAAGUAAUUAGAUGUCCAUUCCAAACGAUUUUGAAUCUUUGAGGUAUUACGAUUGUACCGGUUUAUAUAGGAAAUUACUCUGUGACCAAAGUAACCUCCGAAACCGAUAGUCAGAUAUGGAUGAAAUGUAAAAAUCGUUCAAUAAUUUGCUGCUACAUCAACUUAUGAACUCGGCAAUCUUUCUUGGGACAUCAUGAACUGUUACAGGUGGCCAAUUGAGUAUGCUCAUUGGUGAUAUAGACCUGCAAAUUCAAGUAAUGCUGCACUCAUUUUAAUAUUUUGUGCAUCAUUUAGACAUCAUGGUAGUACCAGUUUAUAUGGGAAUUUACUGUGUGAUCGUGCUCUUCAACCCGUAACUCCGGACAGUAAAACAUUCAAUAGCAGCGUUAUAAUGUUCUUUGGAAACUAAGUUUGUGCAAAUCGGUUAAGUCACCUCAGCAAAAAUUGAGUGACAUUAUUUGAUAAACACAUACAUACACACACAGGGGUGUGGGAGGCAGCAUGUAGGAAUUCAAGGGUUUAAAGCCCCCCCCCCCCCCCAGUGGCGGAUCCAGGGGGAGGGUCUUGGGAGUCCGGACCCCCCCCGAAAAUUUUUAAGUUCUUGAGAAAUUUUAAAAUGGUUUCUAUUUUAAAUUCAUUCCAAGUUCAAAAUCAUUCAAAACUAGAUUCGAUUACCAAACCUGAUUUUAAUUAAAUGAGGGUAUUUCAUAUUACGUAUUGCACAAUGAACAUUUCAAAGUUGAAAUUUUGGACCCCCUCCGAAAUUUUUUUCUGGAUCCGCUCCUGCCCCCCCCUCCCCAGACCUACUGCGAGUUGGCGAGUUUUGUUAAGGUAUGGUGGGGUUUGAGCAGCAUUGGGCUCUGUUAAACUUCUAUAAAAAGACAUAAUUCUGAACGCAGUUCCGAUGAAGCGAGUCUGUAUCGCUUCUGUUAAGAUCCUAAUAUUUUAGUAAUCGAAGAUCUUAGUAGUAAAAGCACCCUUGGCCAACCGCAAUCCCAAACGGGCACAUAAGAAUCCAUGCCAGUAACAUCCUAAUAACGGCAUACAGGUCACGGCGAACGUCAACGGACAGGGCACUGAUCACGAAUGCCUCCUUUGGCGGGUCUCCGGGUACGUUCAAAACUCGUCACCAAUAGUUGAUGGUACUAGGUUUGGAUGGACCAUUCCCGACUUAACGCCGAUCCGGCUCUGAACACUACUCCCCAUGAAGGAUAGUGUCAACCCUAAGAUGGCCUCCCUGCUCUCAUAGAUAAUCAUGGGAUCACGAGAGGCGACUAUGCACAACGAGUGGAGAUAACGGCCCGGAAGGGUAGGUAGGGGUAGGUACAGCGCGCAAUGCGGAUAAACCCGACACUCACGGAGCUGGAGUUAGACGUUAAGAAAAUUAGGCGCUCCGGAGAGAUGAUCCUGGAACUGAAAAAGGAUCCGAAGUCAAACAGCUCUGCUUGUAAAGAGCUCACCGAAAAAGCCAUGGGCAACGCGAUGGAAGCCUUGUGUCCGGAGGCAACCGUCCAACGUAAGUGCCUGUAUCCUCGGAAGAAAAGCUAAAAGAAGCUCUGAAAGAACAGUGCAAGCUUGUACAAGUGCAGAUGACGAUCCGAAUGAGGAAGGGACCUUUCGGCACGCAGUCAGCUUCGGUUAGGGUUCCAAUCGAACCAGUGAAGAAGGCAAUAAACACCGGGAAGAUCAAAGUUGGCUGGUCGGUAUGUCUACUGGGUGUCUCUCAGCAACCGGAAGCGUGCUUAAGGUGUCAGGAGUUCGGCCACCUGACUAGAUACUGCACAGGACCUGUCAAGACCAAAUUAUGUAGAAGGUGCGGGGAAGAACGCCACAAGGCAAAAGGCUGCUGGAUGGCUCCGAGAUGUCUGAAGAAGGUAACAACCACGUUGCCAGAGGCCCACUGCGACAUAGUACAAUACUUGCUGCGGCAAUCUGCAGCGGAGCCUUAGCGCGAUGUAGCUGUCAUCUCGGAGCUAUACUGUAUCCCGGCCAGCGAUGGAUAUUUGAUAACGCAAAAUCAGCGGCGAUUUGGACGACGGGAAAAUAUCCAUUUCUGGAAGUGGUUUCUCGCGCAGAUGAAGGCUAUGUAAUCGCCUAAAUCAAUUAAGCGGCAUACGCGCUUCCGCGGUGGACGAUUUAUCAAUUCUUAGAUAUGCUCGAUAAGCUGAUAAUAGAGCUUAUCGAUCGGAGACUAGAAGCCAGCGAUUUUAGGCAGUAGAAUGGGGAAGCCGCUUUGCCAACUUAAGGGAGAAUAGGCAACUUGAGACCUUUGCAAAGCUCGACGUAGAUGUUGCCAGCGAUGGUACGAUCAGCACCCAUCGCUGGGAAGGUCGAGAAUUGGAGGAGCAAGGAGUACACCCACAAAGUGAUCUGGUACACUACUGAAAGCACUAGACAGUUGGAAGCGCGUGUGACUCAAGCAAAUGAGUGGAGGUGGAAAACAACAAAAUUUUGAUAAGACUCUUCGUUGAAGCUGUGAGGUUUGAGUGCAAUAGCCUGUACUUUAGUGCAGAUGAAGUGAUAACGGCAUUAGCAAGAGCGCUCGAUGCUACCAUACCAAGAGAGGGUAGUUUUUUUGUAAGGUUUUGACGUCUUAAACGCAACGCAAAAUACAUUAAGAAUUUCUAUUUUGAUGAAAAAAAUGCAUUUAAUUUCGCUGAUAUUUUAAAAUGCAUCACAAGUGAUCUGCACGUAGGGGUAAACCCAGGUACAGUUGCCGCUCAGCCUUCUAGUGGAACCCGACGACUGCAAACUUACGUGCAUGUUGCCACCGAGCUCGGAGGAGAAUGCAGAGAGCCCACAAUGUCGCUGAAAUAGCAGCUCUAAGACCAGCAUAUAAGGCAGCAUGAUCCGUGCCUUUAACAAGGAAUCAAGCUUAGUAAGAAUGCCUGCCUGGAUGAGCUUUACCGCUUAAAAUCAGUAGGGCGACGCCUAUAGAAUUGCCAUAGCGAAGAUAGCAGGACCGGCAGUGCCACCGGAUAGGUACCCGGAGAGGAUGAAACGAACUGUCACAUGACGCAGUUUUUGUCUGGUCAUGGCUGUUUCAAGAAAUAUCUGAACAGAUUCGGCCACGCGAGAUUGCCGUUCUGCGUCGCAUACGGUCAUGCAGAGGAGACGUCUGAACAUGUGGUCUUCGAAUGCCUGCGAUUCGAGCAUGAGCCAAAAGAAAUGAGAACCAGGAUGUCAAUAUGCACAAUAUUAUACAAAGCAUGUGUGCGAAUGAAGAAAAAUGGGACGCGGUAAACAGAACAGUCGUUCCAGAUCAUGUCGAUGUUGCAACGAAGAUGGUGAGAGAAGCAACAAUUAGCAACGUAGCAGUACAGGACUUCGAGUCGUCGAGGCACCGAUGAAGCAAAAGUCACUUCAACCGGAAUCGUCGGACCGACCUUUACACUCAACAAGUCAGUCUACUGAAGAGAUAUAAAGGGGACUGGCAGGAGCGAUUUGAGCAGGCCAGAUCCAGCGUCGGUGAUUUGAAUGAGCGGCGGUAGCAUUGGAUUCGAAAGAUCCUCCACAUCUAACUCUUCAUCGGAGUCUCAAAGAUUCACCGUUUGGGACUAUUGCGAGUAGUUCGUAGCGAAUCGCUGGCUUGAAUCAUCGGGGCACAAGUUAACCGGACGCAAUCCUCCACCCGGAAUCGCUGAACAGACUUUAGCAUUCUGCCAAACAGCAUCGAAGCACGAAUAACGUGUCCGUCAACGGUUUCGGGAUACAUUUUUUCGUCAUGGAACGCUCCGCCGAAGUUGGCUAGCUCCACCGACCGAUUAGCACCGAAUGCGACAAACCAGUAUAGGGUUGUCAGAGCAGCAGUGAACUCGAAGCCACCCUCCAACCAGAAUUGCUGGGUCGAACACGGCAUCCAACUUUUCAACGCAGAGCGGAGCUUGUACAAUCGACUGCCCCAGAUUCAAGUUCUGCUGGGGAACAUCCAAGUGGAGUUCAGGGCUAAAUAGUUCAAGUACGCGUAUGAUCCGAACAGCGUAAAAGAUGAAGGGAGUGACGUAAAGCAUGAGGAAAGUCGAGAUGAUGUGAGGAUCAAGUGAGGCUUCGAGUUAGCUGCGGAAAACAUGUAAGGAAAUGAAUGAAAGCCCAACGAGCCACAAAGUAACACUUAGAUGUAGCUCCGUGGGGAAGAAGGGUAAAAGAUGCCCGGAGUAACAUACACGAUUAAUCAAAGCGACAAUGGAUCAAGUGACGUGCAGCACCCAAGUAUCAAGAACACUCUCGAGUCUUAGAAAGGGGUGGUGGCGAACGCUCCACGGAUGGCUACGGUGGGCUGGAUAUAAAAAUGGAUAUCGGCACUUAUAAAAGAAGUACACCACGGCUUUGGACUGAUUGGUAAGGUAAGUUAGGUCUUAAAAGCUAAAAUAUUAAUCAAUGUUGGCGGGUCGAUAGAUAACCGGAGUCAGUUCGAGCUGGCAUAUUCCAACCUGGAUAAAUACCAUAACGACUUGUUCGUCUCUCCUGGUAACAGCAACUACACAAUGAAGAAGUUUGCGAAAAAAAAUUGCCACGUGAUGUUUCGGAUUAUUGACUACAAUCGAGCAGGAUUUACUGCUACAGUUGUUUUAUAU